CGGGGGCCGGGGAGAGUGGGGCGGCCCGGCGAGUGGACGCGUGAACAGACUGACCUGCGGACGGGACAGCCGCGGCCGUAGGCCCUUCUAGCCCCGCUUAACCCCUGAUGCGCGGGGGGAAGCAGCCCCUCUCCCUGGGGGAUGCUGCGGAAUUCCCGGCGCCGGGCAUCUGGGCCACCCGCUAACCCCCUGUGCCUACCCCGUGCCCCCGGAGAACCGGAGUCCGGCCGCUGGGAAAGAGAAGCGGCCGCCGAGAAGCUGCAGGGUGCCCGGCGGGGAGGGGGCUGGAGGCCCCAGGCCCGAGGGCAUGGAGCGGUUAGGGGAGAAAGCCAGUCGCCUGCUGGAGAAGUUAAGGCUCUCCGACUCCGGCAGCGCCAAGUUCGGCCGCAGAAAGGGUGAAUCUAGCCGGUCUGGGUCUGAUGGGACCCCCGGGCCGGGCAAGGGACGCCUGAGUGGGUUGGGGGGGCCUAGGAAAUCAGGGCCCCGUGGAGCUACUGGGGGACCUGGGGAUGAGCCGUUGGAGCCAGCCGGGGAGCAGGGCCCCCUGGACGCUGAGCGGAACCCGCGCGGCUCCUUUGAGGCGCAGCGCUAUGAAGGCUCCUUCCCCGGGGGGCCGCCUCCCACCCGGGCCUUGCCUCUACCUCAGUCAUUGCCCCCCGACUUUCGGCUGGAGACCACGGCCCCAGCUCUAAGCCCACGCUCCAGUUUCGCCAGUAGCUCAGCCAGCGACGCCAGCAAGCCGUCCAGCCCCCGGGGUAGCCUGCUGCUGGACGGGGCGGGGGCAGGCGGAGCCGGAGGUAGCCGACCCUGCAGCAAUCGCACCAGCGGCAUCAGCAUGGGCUACGACCAGCGCCACGGCAGCCCCCUGCCCGCCGGGCCCUGUCUGUUUGGCCCACCCUUGGCUGGGGCCCCAGCGGGGUAUUCCCCUGGAGGGGUGCCGUCCGCCUACCCGGAGCUCCACGCCGCCCUGGACCGAUUGUGUGCUCACCGGCCCGCGGGGUUCGGCUGCCAGGAAAGCCGCCACUCCUAUCCCCCGGCCCUGGGCAGCCCCGGAGCUCUAGCCGGGGCCGGAGUGGGAGCGGCAGGGCCCUUGGAGAGACGCGGGGCGCAACCCGGACGACACUCAGUGACCGGCUACGGGGACUGCGCCGCGGGCGCCCGAUACCAGGAUGAGCUAACAGCGUUGCUGCGCCUGACGGUGGGCACGGGUGGGCGAGAAGCCGGCGCCCGCGGGGAACCCUCGGGGAUUGAGCCGUCGGGUCUCGAGGAGCCACCAGGUCCUUUCGUUCCAGAGGCCGCCCGGGCCCGGAUGCGGGAGCCGGAGGCCAGAGAGGAUUACUUCGGCACCUGUAUUAAGUGCAACAAAGGCAUCUAUGGGCAGAGCAACGCCUGCAAGGCCCUGGACAGCCUCUACCACACCCAGUGCUUUGUCUGCUGCUCCUGUGGGCGAACUUUGCGCUGCAAGGCUUUCUACAGCGUCAAUGGCUCCGUGUACUGUGAGGAAGAUUAUCUGUUUUCAGGGUUUCAGGAGGCAGCUGAGAAAUGCUGUGUCUGUGGUCACUUGAUUUUGGAGAAGAUUCUGCAGGCCGUGGGGAAGUCGUACCACCCGGGCUGCUUCCGGUGCAUCGUUUGCAACAAGUGUCUGGACGGCAUCCCCUUCACUGUGGACUUCUCCAACCAGGUGUACUGCGUCACUGACUACCACAAAAAUUACGCUCCUAAGUGUGCGGCCUGCGGCCAACCCAUCCUCCCAUCAGAGGGCUGUGAGGACAUUGUGAGGGUGAUAUCCAUGGACCGAGAUUAUCACUUUGAGUGCUACCACUGUGAGGACUGCCGGAUGCAGCUGAGUGAUGAGGAAGGCUGCUGCUGCUUCCCUCUGGAUGGGCACUUGCUCUGCCACGGCUGUCACAUGCAGCGGCUCAGUACCCGACAGCCCCCUGCCAGUUAUAUCUGAACUGUGGUCUGUGCUGCUGCCUUUGCUGCCCCUGGCAAAUCCCUCUGGCCAGAGGGCCCCUCUGAGGCCAGCCAAGGCAAGGAACGCACUCCCAGGCCAGGCAGAAGAGUCCUCUGGGGAGGGCCCCGGGGGCCAGAGACCCAAAGAUACACAUUCCAGAUGGACUGUGGAGAAGGAAACUUCCAAUUGACAUGGGGGGGUGGCGGGUGUGACUGGCUUUCUUUCAGGUGCGCAGCCUGUGCUGUAGCAUAUACUCAGGCAUGCACAGGCAGGUUCCAGGACUUUCUAAAGGUCUGAUUCUAGUCUGUUUCUCUAGUACCAUUUAUGCAUAAGCCAAACAACGUUCUGGCUUUGGGUUACAGAAAGAGAGGACACCAUGAACACGCCUCACUCUGGCAUCCUUCACAUGGGUCAGAUA